CCCGACCCAACCGAUAAACCCUUUGCAACGUUUCAGUUUCACCAUCUCCUUCAACAAUCCCAAUUCCAUCCGACGCAAGUUUUUGAUUCAAUUCCUUAAACCCAAAUUAUCCCCUGAUUCAGCAACUACAUCAUUUUUUUCCCUUUUUUACUGGCGUUAUCUUACCCGACGGAAUCAUGCCGGACGUGCAUUCCCUCGUGAAUGAGUUCGUAAUCAAGCUCCAAAAACGCCAAAUUGAGGGAUCCAAGACGACGGCAAAGCUCACUGCGGAAUUGCUCCGUUCGUUCAUAUCUCAAUUGAGGCUGCCGCACAGUAACCAAGCUGGGGCUCUCAUUGAUGCCGUGAAGGAAGUUGGCGAGAAGCUCAUCACUGCUAAACCUGUUGAAUUGGCUGUUGGAAAUGUUGUCCGCCGUGUUCUACAUAUUAUACGCGAAGAAGAUCUUUCUAUUACUAAUGCUGCUGUUGGUGGGCUGAAUUUAGCAUCUGAAAGUGAUGAUGAUGACGGCAACGACGAAUAUGAUCAUCCAGUUCUUUCAGCUUCUGCUGUAGCUGCCGCUGCAAGAAGUGCUUUAAGGCCACCUUCAUUACAGACUCUACUUGAUGAUAUGCCUCAUUCAGCAGCCAAUCCUCAUACGUCUUCUUCUGGGGGUGAUUCUGAAGGCAAAAGCAAAUCUGCUGAUUCAUUGAGGCGGAAACUGAAACAUGAUGUCAUUGAGGCGGUUAACGAACUAAUUCAAGAAAUUUCCACUUGCCACGAACAGAUUGCUGAACAAGCAGUGGAACAUAUACAUCAUAAUGAGGUGAUCUUGACACUUGGCAGCUCACAGACAGUAAAAGAGUUUCUACUCGCUGCAAAGGAAAAAAAUAGGUCAUUCCGUGUAUUUGUCGCUGAAGGUGCUCCAAGAUAUCAGGGGCAUGCUUUUGCAAAAGAACUGGCUUCCAGUGGCCUUCAAACUACGGUUAUUACCGAUUCUGCAGUUUUUGCCAUGAUUUCCCAUGUCAAUAUGGUUAUAGUGGGAGCACAUGCCGUCAUGGCUAAUGGUGGUGUUAUAGCUCCUGUGGGGUUGAAUAUGGUUGCCUUAGCAGCUAAAAGGCAUGCUGUUCCUUUUGUUGUCCUCGCUGGAGUUCAUAAGUUGUGCCCUCUAUACCCUCACAACCCAGAGGUCCUACUGAAUGAACUGAAGUCUCCAUCUGAGUUGUUGGACUUUGGAGAAUUCUCAGAUUGUUUGGAUUUUGGGAGUGGCAGUGGUUCACCUCUUAUUCAUGUCGUGAAUCCUGCAUUUGAUUAUGUGCCGCCGGACCUUGUUAGCCUGUUUAUUACAGACACUGGUGGUCACAAUCCUUCCUACAUAUACCGGCUCAUUGCUGAUUUUUACUCUCCUGACGACUUGGUAGUGCGACGGAAAUCAGCUUCUUGAAGAUCGCCUUUUACUAACUAUGCUCUAAAACAUGUUGUGGAAUCUAAAACUUAGCAGAUUGGGGAAAGUAUGGAAGUCAAGCAGGGAUGGGAAAAGGGUUGCUGUAGUAGAUUCUUUUGUGGAAACAACUGAUUUAAGAGGGAGAGGAGAAAAUACUGGUUAGAAUUAAUACGUCGUAAAUUAAUGAUCAUGCUUUGCUAUGAUGAAGUGCAUCGCCAAAGGUUGAGUGGCACGUCUAAGUUUUGCAUGUCUAGGCACAUUCCUUGAUGAGCAAAACAUGCCUUCUUACUUCUAAUUAACCGUGUAACUGAGUGAGAGUUUAUUUGCGUAUGAACAUCAUGACUUUUCCUCUUGAGAUAUGAAGAUAUCAUUUGUCCA